AUGAUCGUGUCGUGUCGGCACGCUCCCUCCCGGGGAAGGGGGUGGCAGCCGGCUCCGGGGAGAACUCCGCGAGCUUUGACAAGAGGCUGGGACCGCUCCACGGGCGCUCGGAACGCUCCCCUAGGCCAGCGGGGCAGGGACGCGGAGUGGCGGGCGCGCAGGACCACCCCGGGGCAGCGGACCUCCCCUCGGAGUCACGUGAACGCCGAGGCCCCGCCCGCCCCGCCUCCGCCCGCCGCCCCCGCUCGGUCCCCGCCCCUCCAGGCCAGGCCAACCUCCGCGCCCGCCGCCCGAGCCUCGGCGGCCGGGGAGGAGCUCCCGACGGCGGCGCUCAGCGGCAGCCUCGGCCGGUGCCCCGCCGCCGGCGCGCGGAGGACCUGGCCUUUGCCUCCAGCUGCGGCGCGCCGUGCCGAGGGUCUGGCCGGCCCCUCGUCCCCGGGACGCGUUAGCCACAGGGUCCCGGGCACGAAGGAAGGGGUUUGCGCUUUGCGGCCCGAGCCUCGCUCCAGGGGUGGGCAGUGGAGUUUCAGCCGCCCGGAGCCUCCGCACCGAGAGCCACGGGUACCGGGAAGCGCUGCGGGACCCUCGGCGCACGCUCGCACGCCCCCAAGCACGCGCGCGCGCGCCCUGCCGGUCCUCCCCGGGGUCUCGGCGAGGCCAAACAUCACCCCUGGCGAGCGGCUGCGGGCGCUCCGAGGAGCAGGGCGGCCCGGCGCUGCGGCCCCAGUCACGCGUGCGCUCGGGGGCGGGGGUGCUGGCUGUGCUCGCUGUGGGAAAGUGAGAGGCAGCGGCUGCUGGAGUAAUUUCUGCUCUGGCUCCAUUACCGAGGACGCUCUCACCGCCCCCGUUCCCUCCCUCCCGGUCCAGCAGCUCCCCCAAAGAAUCGGGUCGGCGGGGCCGUCGAGGCGGAGCGGCGGGCGCCUGGGCUCACGCCUCCAGACCGAUCCAGAAAGAGGCGUCGCCCAAGGGCGCACGGCAGUUCGCGGGUCUGGGUGUCGCCGAGGGUUUACAACUCCCGGCACGGCGCGGAGAGGAAAUCCCACCGCGUUCCCAGGAAGGGAGAAAGCCGUGCACAGCUUUCGGCCUGCGCUCGACGUGAGCGUCGGUCUCUCCCCCUCGGUUGCUGGCUUAGUUUUUAAACCCCCACACUCCUCCCCCCACCCCCACCCCGCCACUUCCUCCCCCUCCGUCCUUUGCACCAGCUGCAGAGUCGCAGCGAGGAACAAUUUUACCCUGCACAGCUCCAGCAGUGACUGGGCCGUCCGCGCUCCAACCGGGGACGCCGCACGCAGGGCUGGCUCCGCGCGUGGGCCUGCUCGAAACCCGGACCUCGCGCGCCGGACGCCCCAGAGGCGCGACCCCCUCUCCGCACCCACUCCACCCCGCUCCCCAGUUCCUGCCGUGGGGACGUCGCGGAGCUCCAGGGCGGGGGCUUGCCCGCCACUCUCCCCCACAGACUUGGUUUUCUAA